AUGCUGGAAGAGUUUGCCGCCAAGAAGGAGUCCGCCGAGGCCGCUGAGACGUGCAUGCCCACCGAGGAGGGCGGGACAGAAGCGACGGCGAGUAGCGACGGAGAUGUCUUCCAAGUGCGGCGGAUCGAUUUCCUCGGGGAGGAGGUGCCGAUCUUACUGCAGAACCGGAACGGCCCCUGUGCGCUCUUGGCCAUUGCCAAUGGUCUCUUGCUUCGAGGCGCCUGGAAUUUGGGGCAGAGGGAGACGAGCAUCAGUAGUCGCGAUUUGCUGGGCCGCUUGGGUUUCCUGUGUGACGAGCUCAACUUCAAGGCCAUGCAGGAAGACUUCACUCUGGCACAGAAGGUGCGAGACGUCAUCAGUUCCCUGCCAAAGCUCUUGGACGGUUUACUGGUCAACUGCGACUUUGGUGCGUGCGGCUCUUUCGAGGACUCUUCCAGUCGAGGACUCUUUGAACUCUUUCGGCUGCAGCUCUUCCACGUUUGGGUCGACCUCGAGGUGCACAAAGUGGUACCGACGUGGAAUGAUUUGAUGGACUUGUUAGCCAACUCAGCGGAGCUGCGAGCUGAGGACCGGAGAGCGUUCUCCGAAGAGGAGGAGGAGACUCUGACAAAGGCCGCCCUCCUGGAGGAGUGGUUGGAGGCGAAUCGCGCCCAAGCCACUCAACGCGGCAUCCUGGAGUUGCAGAAGCAGGUGAAGACGGGGGACAUUUGUGUGCUCUUCCGGAACAACCACUUCUGCACCGUGUACAAGCCUGGCCACAACUCACCCUGCCCUCACUGCUGCAUGCUGCUCACCGACGAGUGCUUCUCAGACGAGUCCUCGCCAGUGUGGGAGACCUUAGUCUUCGGCGAGGGCCAGUUCCUCGAUGCGCAGUUCUGCAGCAUGGAAUCGGAGGCCGAGGAUGCGAAGAGCGCGUGGCCUCGCUUGGAUAAGAGGAGAGAUGCUCCAAGAGUCAUUUUGGACUCCGGAGGGCGCCCACCGCACCGAUGGGCCUUCAGGAGGAAGAACACGGGGAUCUACAACUGCAACUGCGGCAAGUACUUCAGUACGCUGAAUGGGUAUAUCAUCCGAGAUGAUGGCAGCCGAGUGGAUUUGAGGUGGGUGAACAAGGACUUACGCUCGCAGAUCGAGCUUCAGUAUGGUUGGCGCGUGGAGCGGCACAUGGUCGAUGGGGACUAUGUGAUCUUCAAUCGACAGCCUUCGCUGCACAAGAUGAGCAUGAUGGGACACCGAGCCAAGGUGAUGCCCUUUUCCACCUUGAGAUUCAACUUGGCAGUGACCUCGCCCUACAACGCGGACUUCGAUGGGGAUGAGAUGAAUUUACACCUCGCCCAGUCUCACGAGACGCGUGCGGAGAUCAAGCACAUGAUGCUGAAUCCUCGGCAGGUGGUCUCUCCCCAGGGCAACAAACCGGUCAUGGGCGUGGUCCAGGACAGCCUUUUGGCCACUGCCAAGUACACCAAGCGAGAUACCUAUAUGGAGAAGGACUUGGUCAUGAACAUCCUCAUGUGGCUCCCUGUGUGGGAUGGUCAACUACCAACCCCAGCAAUUCUAAAGCCGAAACCGCUCUGGACCGGGAAGCAGAUCCUUUCAAUGCUUCUGCCAAAGACCUUGUCCAUGAAGCGGGAUGCGGCCAUCGCGACGAAGAACAAGAAGGACGAACCGGACUUUGCGGCCUCCGAUUGCAAGGUGCUCAUCGUGAAUGGCGAGCUCUUAAGCGGAAUCAUUUGCAAGAAGACGAUCGGAUCUUCCAGUGGCUCCUUGCUCCACUUAGUUUGGCUCGACAGUGGCCCAGAGUGGUGUCGCAAUGUGUUGUCGUACAUCCAGAAGAUGGUGAACCAGUGGCUGACCCACAAUGGGUUCUCCUGUGGUGUGGCAGACAUUAUUGCCAACGACCAGACGUUGUUGAACGUGGAGAAGACCUUAAAGCAGGCGAAGAAUGAGGUGCGCAACAUCCUGGCCGACGCCCAGCGCGGGAAGCUGGAGACACAACCCGGCAAGACCAUGUACCAGUCCUUUGAAGCGCGGGUGAACCAGCGCCUCAACGCCGCGCGCGAGGAUGCCGGCAACAUCGGAGGCAGCUCCCUCGACGAGCGGAACAACAUCAUCUCCAUGGUGAAUGCUGGCUCGAAAGGGUCGCCGUUGAACAUCGCCCAAAUUGUCGCGUGUGUGGGUCAGCAGAACGUGGAGGGCGCACGCAUCAGGUAUGGCUUCAACGACCGGACGUUGCCUCACUUCACCAAGGAUGACUACGGCGCCGAAGCCCGGGGCUUCGUGGAAAACAGCUACUUGGCCGGGCUCACGCCUCAAGAGGUCUGGAUGCACGCCAUGGGCGGCAGAGAGGGAGUCAUUGACACCGCCUGCAAGACCUCGGAGACCGGGUACAUCCAGCGGCGGUUGGUGAAGUCCAUGGAGACCCUCAAGGUGGCCUAUGACGGCACGGCACGCAAUGCCUGCAACGACAUCAUCCAGUUCCUUUAUGGCGAGGAUGGCAUGGAUGGCCUGUGGAUUGAGGACCAGACGUUGGACAUCAUGACUUACGAUCACAAGAAGUUGGAGAGUUCCUUCCAGCACAAGUACCGGGAGCCGGACUAUGGCCUGGAUUGGCUGGCCCCAGAGGUCGUCCGCAAGAUCCAGGAGGAUGUGGGGCUUCAGAAGGUCCUGGACGACGAGUGGCAGAGGCUGAAGGAAACCAAGGACCAAAUCUGUAAAGAGGUCUUUCCGGAUGGUGAUGUGAAACAGCACAUCCCCAUCAACAUUACGAGGCUCCUGGACCGCUCGCGGCAGCGCAUCCAUACGGAGGACGGCAGCAGCGCCGAUGACAGGUAUACGCCUGUGGAGGUUGUCGAGAGGGUGGAGAAACUGCUUCAGGAGCUGGAGGUCACCCGCGCUAUCGCCGAGGGCGAUACCAUUGGCCGCGAGGUGGAAGACAAUGCCAAGGUGAUCCUGAAUGCUCACCUGCGCUGUGCCUUGGCAUCAAAGAAGAUCCUUCAGAAGGAGCAGCUGUCUAAGCAGUCUUUUGACUGGCUCCUGGGCGAAGUGAAGCAGAAGUUCAUGAAAUCCCUGGCACACCCAGGCGAGGUUAUCGGCACCUUGGCGGCGCAGAGUGUCGGCGAGCCGGCCACGCAGAUGACGCUGAACACCUUCCACUUCGCCGGGGUGGGUGCCAAGAACGUCACCCUGGGCGUGCCGCGCCUCAAGGAGCUCAUCAACGUUGCGAAGAAGGUGAAGACACCUUCGCUGGCCGUCUUCUUAAGCGGCGACCUGGGCCAAGACCAGGCGCGCGCCAAGGAUGUGCAGAGCAUGUUGGAGCACACCACCUUGGAGAAGGUCACCUCCUUUACCCAGAUCUUCUGGGACCCGGACCCAGAGCACACGCUGGUGGAGGAAGACAAGGAGUGGGUCAGCCUGUACUACGAACUCCCGGAUGAGGACGAAAACCCCGAGCGCUGUGGGCCCUGGCUCUUGCGGAUCCAGUUGAGCAACAAGGUUAUGACCGAUAAGAAGCUCACCGUCCGAGAGGUGGGUGAGAGGAUCCUGCGAGACUUCAUGAAUGACCUGGAUUGCAUCUUCACGGACGACAACGCAGAGGAGUUGGUCUUGCGCAUCCGCUUGCUCAAGGAAGCCGACCAAGUGGGUGCGGUGGGGGCCCAGGUGCUUUGUGCGGCCGACGUGGCGCCGGUCACGGUGGCCCCCGCGGCCGUGCUCGACGAGAUGCUGGGCGCCGCGCCCACCACGGUGGACCCCGACGCGCCGCCGCCGCCGCUGCCGCCCGGGCUCUUCCCGCCCACGGUGGCACCGCCGGCCAUCGUGCCGAACGCGCCGGCCUGCGCGUCGGAUCUGACGAGUCUGAUCUUCACUGUGACUGUCAUCGCCAAGUACAUCAUUUGGUCCACCCAGUACUGCUCACAGCCCAAUGAAGUCUCCACGAUUUGCGCCAACUACGCCACGGGCAUCGUCAAAUCCUUCGCCACCUUGGCAGUGUAUCUCUCGAGCACGGUCUUCAACUGUGGCAACAUCCAAGCGGUGUGCUCGCAGACCAUCGCCGGCGCCAUCAGCGGCAUCAUCGCGGCGGUGCAGCUGACGAUGAUCAUGGAGAUCACUUGCUUCGAUGAUGUGCUUUGCGCCUACUUAGCCGUGCGCUUCGUCUCGGCGCUUCUGCACGCAGCGAAGAACGUGGACACGGCGGUGAUGAACUGCAACCUUGACGACGACGAGGACGACUCCCGUCGACGGCUCUUAGAAGCGCCCAUGGAGGUGUCUCUGAGAGGGAGAGGGAUCCUCCCUCCCUCAGCCUACGGCUUGGAAUGA